AGCGUUUGGUUCGUUCUUUCUUUACCAUUCAAUCAUCAACUUCAUUAAUCCGCUUUUGAUUUUUGACUAAAAUAUAAAUUGAAAUAAUUUAUAUAUCUUAAAAUAAAAUAUAAAAUAUAGUUUAAGUUUAGACUAACUCUCAUCCACAUUAAUUAAACACAAAAUCACAAAAAUGAGCUCGGGAGGAACUCGUGUUUACGUAGGCGGUCUGGUGGAGGGAAUCAAGAAGGAGGAUUUGGAGCGGGAGUUUGACAAAUACGGCAAACUGAACUCAGUGUGGGUCGCAUUGAACCCCCCGGGUUUCGCGUUUAUUGAGUUUGAAAACAUGGAGGAAGCUCAGGAUGCGUGCACUGCGAUGAACGGUUUCGAAAUGCUAGGCGCGACAUUAAAAGUAGAAUUAUCGAGAAAGCGAGACGGGCCACGCCGAGGCGGCGGCAACUUCAGAGGCGGCCGCGGGGGCAGUUUCAGAGGCGGGCGCUCGUUCGGGGGCUCCUCCGGGGGCGGCGGCGGCGGUGGCGGCCGCUCGUACGGCGGUGGCGGCGGCAGAGGCUUCAACCGAAACGGAAACGGUUACGGCUCCGGUAACGGAGGAGGAGGAGGCAACUUCAGAUCUAGGUCGCCACUGUCUCGGUUUUAAUUUAAUUCUAGAAUAAAUUUAGGUUUAGUGUUAACGUAAUCUGAAGCCUUCCAAGUGUUAAUGAAAUGCGAUGUUUUGUUCAAUACUGGGGGGUUCAAUGCUUAUGAGAUUGGUGAAGUUGAUGUCCUUGGAGGUUAAGGUCAAUGGAAUAAUUCUAAACUGAAUACCACAAGCAAUACAUCUUUAAAUAAGAAACAAAAUGAACAAUCUUCAGUAUAUCUUUAACAUUUAACCUAAGCACCUAAUGGGCUAAGUUUCCUUAUUGUAUAAAUAAAUAAAAAACACAAAUUCCAA